AUGAUUGUGUUUGCUUCUAUUGUAUUCACUGUUGGAGCAUUGAUUUGUGGAGCUGCAUUCAAUAAGAUUAUUUUAUUGAUUGGAAGGGUGUUGCUCGGAUUGGCUAUCGGUUUCGCGUCAAUGAUCGUGCCAGUGUAUGUGAGUGAAGCAUCUCCAGCCCAUAUUCGAGGAACAAUGGUCACUGGAUUCCAGCUGAUGGUCACUUUUGGGCUGUUUGCUGCUAAUCUGGUUGCUGGUGGAUUCUCGUAUAUUGAUCCGAAGAACGUCGGAUGGAGGCUAAUGUUCGGAUUCGCGGCCGUCCCUUCUGUGAUCCAAUUCAUCUGCUUCAUCUUUCUUCCGGAGAGCCCUCGAUGGUUGUAUGAACAUGAAAAGAAGGAAGAGGCGAGAGAGGUUUUGUCUCGUAUCUAUGCGGGAGAUACCGAAUGGAUUGAGUAUGAACUGGCAGAAAUCGAAGAUACCACGAGAAUGGAGAGAGAAGCUAAAGAGGAAGUCGCUGGCGGCGGCCCGGUAUUCUUCCGUAUUUUGGGAACGCCCCAUGUCCGAAAGGCUCUGAUAAUUGGAUGCCUUCUUCAAAUGUUCCAGCAAUUGUCCGGCAUCAACACAUUAAUGUAUUACUGUGGAACGAUUAUUCGAUCAGCUGGUGUAAAAGAUAACCAUAUGACGAUCUGGAUCUCGGCUGCUGUUUCGAGUAUCAACUUCUUCUGCACCUUCAUUCCAAUGGCGUUAAUCGAUCGAUUGGGGCGAAGAGUUCUAUUUUUGAUCUCAGUUUGUGGGGUUAUUGCAUGUCUAUGUAUGAUGGCUGGUGCAUUUAUUGCCAUCAAUAAGGAUUCCUCUCCGAACUUCAAAGCCGAACAAUACAACAUGGAUAAUAUGUAUGAUCCAACCGUCAAAAAUGCCGACUUCUGUAGGAAAUUCAGUAAUUGCGAUUUCUGCGUAACGGCUGAUAGCUGUGGAUUCUGCGAAGAUCAUGACACAAAAACGGGCUGGUGCCUACCGUUUCCGGACAAAAAUUCGGACAAGCAUUCAGCGACUGGCGCAUGUUUGAAUGGAGAUUUUACCGCCAAUGGCACAAACGAGAAAUUCGAGUGGCAAGACACGUACUGUAAAUCGAAAUUCACCUGGAUGCCGAUUGUGAUUAUGGUGCUGUACUUGGGGUCAUUUUCGAUUGGCUACGCCCCGAUGCCGUGGGUGCUGAACUCGGAAUUCUAUCCGUUGUGGGCGAGAUCAACUUGCGUAUCGAUUUCCACGGCUUCGAACUGGAUUUUCAACUUAAUUAUUUCGCUCACGUUUUUGUCGUUGUCUCAGGCGUUAACAAAAUACGGUACUUUCUUCCUCUAUGCUGCCCUGACCGUAAUCGCCCUCGUUUUCGUGUUUUUCUUCGUGCCAGAGACAAAGGGGAAGAGUUUGGAUGAGGUCGAAAUGCUUUUUAUGACGGAAGACGUGCGAAAAGAACGGUUAGCCCGGAUACAGGAGAAAGGCAACAAAAAUGGCCGCGCCCACGAGGACUCGAUGCGGGACAAAUUC